AUGCCCCACGUCGCCACGAACUUGGACGCAAUCGCGCGCUCGGUGCGAGAACAGCUGGCCGACGAGGGGCUGAAGCAGGAGCUCAAGGACAUCAAGAAACAAUAUGGCAACCUCUCGAUGCAAGCCCUCGAGCAGGCUGGUGUGAUCGGGCGUCUCGUCGCCGCUGUUCAGGCCAAGCGGUUGGAGGACGAGGCUGCCCCGCAGCAGAGCGCGGUCGCCAGCCAGCCCGAGCGCGGCACUGCCAGCGGCGUGGAGCAGACGAGGGCCGCGCCCCGCGCGGACGACGUCAACGAGCCAUCGGUGAUGCUAUUCAUCCGAGGGGCCCGCGGGUUCACGUCGUUUCUGGGCAGGGCGCCGCGCCGAGGCGAGGUUGUCUGGAUUGAAGGUCAGCUCUUCGGACACACGUUCAGGACGCCACCGGUAGGUGCAUCUGUGGACCCCGACAUCGACUUUGUGGCGACCGUCCCCAUGCCCUGCGCCCCGAGGGAGGCGCUGGACGUGACGGAGAAGCUGCACCUGGUGGCGGUCGCCACGUUCGGCGUGGAGGACUCCGAGUAUACGUGUUCGCUGCAUGACGCCCUGGAUGGCAGCAAGAGCCGCGCGGCUGGAGCGACGCACUCGGCAGCCGCAGCGAAGCAGCCUGCCGCCGGGGAGCGGGAUCUGCUGGGAACCGCGUUCGUGGACUGGCAGCCCGUGCUGUGUUCGCACGCAGGCAAAGGGCUGACGGCGACUGUGGAACUCAGAGCCCCGACUGGGCUGACCACAGGGCCCACGGUGGUGGCGGGGGUCGUCGACGUGCGCCUGCAGCUGGUUCCGGCGCCUCGCCGGCCGAUCGACAAGUCGCUCCUGACCAGGACCCAGAGGGCUGUCAUGGAGAGGGACACCUGCGCCGUCACGGCGUUCCACGGCCGCGCGAGGGCGUGGUGGUCUGACUACACGGCCCAGAACCAAGACUACAAGAACGCACAAGUCAAACUGAUCCUCACAGGCGAGGAUGGCGUUCAGCGGCCAGCCACAGCGUAUGUCAAGGCGCUCACGAUGCAGCCGUCCGUGCCCACUCCGCACCACGCGCUGCGACUCGUGUCGCUGCUGCAGGACCGCGACGACCCGCUCGACUGCCCGGGCGCCUCAGUCGGCUCCGUGGUGUGCUUCUACCAGACCGUGCUGUGUGCCAUGGCAGCGACCCCGCUGGAACGCUCCCUGUUGCUCUGCGGGCUCCUGCUUGGACUGGGGCUGGAUGCAUAUGUCAGCGUGGGGGGCGACAGGUCCUGGGUCACGUCAAUCGACCACGCUUGUCAGCCGACUUUCUGGGAUCCCGCGAGCGGCCGCAUGUUCUCUGAGAAGGACGGCGGGGAGCUGGCCGGCUGCCCAUUCCUCGGACCAAGUUGCCUGUUCAACAACAGUGCAAUCCACGCGACGCUCCAGAACAAGUCGCCGGACGACGUCGCAUCAUUCGACCUCCACGAUCGCGCGUGUUGGAAGACGAUGGAGGUGUCUGACGAGGAGGUGCCGUCGGGUGUUCCUUGCGGGUCGGAAGCUCACACGGCGGGUGCCUCGCUCACAGUGGACGCUGUUGAGAGCGAGGUCUGGAACAUGAUAGCUGAGCACAGGAAAAGGGAAGGGCUCCCGCCCGUCGUGCACGACAAACAGUUGGGGCGCGUUUUGUCGUCUGGGCUCGUCGCGUACGAACACGAAGCGCUGUGGGGCGUCGCAGCACCUGGCAGUGCGUUCUUCCAAGAUGCCGUCCGACGCAUGGUUCCGGACGGGCUCUGCUUCACCGCGACGCCGAUGAACCUCGCCUCAGCCGAGCCAUGCGCCGUGCUGACUGCGCUCCUCGCGCACCCUGCGGCGUCCUCAAUGCUUUCGAACCCAAGUCCAGGCACGCGCAUGGCAAUUCGCAUGCGGCAAGACACCUAUGGUCCUGUCACGUCCGUCUGGGUCCUUCUCGCAUCGAUCUCGGCUACGCAGAACAAGGCGCGAAAGGUCCGAAAGAAGGCGUAA